CACUCACACGGGCACAGGCACACAACCUUCACAUCAUCAAUUCGUCGCUGGAGGGUGGAGUCUGCAGCAACACCAUCCGCUCGAUAAAAAAUGGGGAAGAAAGGUGCCGGGACCGGCGUCAACACCAAGGUCCAAGCCGCGAGAGAGAAGCAGGCCGCUGUGGAAGGAGCGAGAGCCGCCAAGGCUCAGGCGGCCCAGGAGGCCGCGGAGGCUAAGGAGUGGAGCAAAGGCGCGAACCAGAGGGGCUCGAAGCGGGAGGACGAGGCCGCCCGGAAGCAGGAGGAGAAGACAUCCAAGCUUGCCGCGAAGAAGGCGUUGCAGGCGGAGGAAGCGGAACAACUCUCCGGGUUCAAGUCCGUAGUGAAAACGAAGAAGAAGGUGGACGUGCCGCCAUGGGAGGCCGCUCUGAUGUCGUCCUCGGUGAGCAACAAGGAGAAGAAGAGGCAGGAGGCGGCGAAACGGCAGGCGCAGGCGGAGGAGGCCCGCAAGGCAAAGGCCGAGCGAGCCGAGAAGGAGGCCAAGGCGAUGCGAGACUCGGGCAUUCAGAUGGGGGACGACUCCGAGCUAUCUGGGAGCGCGAACCCCAACAGAAAAGGUGCCGACGGGGGGGACGGCGGGGACUGGGCAAGCGGCAUCGACGCUGCGAUCGGGAGCCUGAGUCUGGAGGGCGCAGGACCGGCGGAGCGGCAUCCGGAGAAACGGCUGAAGGCUGCCUUGGCGGCGUACGAGGAGAGAGAACUGCCUGCCCUCAAGGAGGAGAAGCCGGGCCUGAAGCUGCGCCAGUACAAGCAGAUGAUAUUCGAGCAGUUCCAAAAGUCGCCCGAGAAUCCCGUCAACAAGGCAAGGGCGGCGGAGGCAGCGGAAGCGGCAGCGGCAGCGGCCAAGAAAUAAAAAACGCCUACCGGUACAUCAAUAUCUCUUUUCUUUUUGUUUGCCGCAGUGAUCCAGCACGACCCCACACUGGGUGCCAUCGAUUAUGUGCAGUAGGAGUGAAUCUCGCUCGGGCGAGAGAAGCACCGUUCCUGGUCCUUGUGGGACAGGGGUGGAACGUGUGUGGGGGGUGACAAGUUGUUGCUGGCCAAUAGUCAUCGACCACUGUAAACAUCGACCCCGAGUGAAGCACCGUCCCUGGUCCUUGUGAGACUGGGGCGGGGGGUGAGAUGCUGUUGCUGGCCAAUAGCCAUCGACCACCACGAGCGAGCGUGUCCUUCUGGGCCAUGGGUGGGGGGACUAGUGUUGUGUAUCAGGAAAUUCUCAUAUCAGGAAAUAUCCGAUAUACCCCAGAAUAUGAUAUAUCGGCCAUGCU